AUGAGCGGUGGCUCACCUAUUCCUAAACUCAAGCGAAUCAGGAAGUAUAUCGAUUCUGUGAACAUCAUAAGUCAAGAGCGAUUCAUCUACGCGUUUCAAAUAGAUCAACCAGAAGAGGUGAAACCAGAGGAAGUUAAACCAACAAAAGACAGUCUAAAAGGAGCGAAAAUGGGUGAACGAACUUUUAAGGAGAUGGCAGCCCCAAAUACGGGAGAUGAUCCUCUCUGCAUUGUGUUUACAGAGUUGGACAAACCCCUAAAGCUGAAUUCAGGUUUCCUUAAUCUUCUUCCCAAAUAUUAUGGGAAGUCAGGUGAGAAUCCUCAUCGACAUUUAAAAGAGUUUAAGGUUGUUUGUUCUUCUAUGAAUCUUGAAGGAGUUGAACAGGAUCAUAUUAGAUUGCAUGCUUUUCCUUUUUCUUUGCAAGAUGUAGCUAAAGAUUGGUUGUAUGAUCUUCCUGCUGGAUCAAUUAAGACUUGGAAUGUUAUGGCAUCAACUUUUCUAGGAAAAUACUUUCCAGCAAGUCUAAUUGGAUCCAUCAGGAUGGAGAUAUGUGGCAUUAGGCAGCAUGAUAAUGAGUCCUUGUAUGAGUAUUGGGAACGUUUUAAGAGAUUAUGUUCAUCCUGUCCCCAACAUCAGAUUAGUGACCAACUAUUAAUUCAAUACUUUUAUGAAGGCCUAUUGCCUACUGAUAGGGGUAUGAUAGAUGCUUCGAGUGGGGGGGCAUUAGUGGAUAAAACACCAACCCAAGCUAGGGCUUUAAUUUCUAAUAUGGCUCAAAACACCCAACAACAUGGUACUAGAAAUGAUGUUAAAAGAGUAAAUGGAGUUGAUUUAAGUGGUAUUCAGAAUCAAUUACAAGAAAAUGCUCAACAAAUUGCUACUUUAACUACUCUUGUGUCUAAAAUUGUUGCUAGUAAUGAGUCUAAAGCUAGAGUUUGUGGAAUUUGCUAUAAUGAGUCUCAUCCUACUGAUAAAUGUCCUGACUUGCAAUCUGAAGAUGUGAAUGCUAUAGGUGGUUAUUCUGGCCAAAGGAAAUAUGAUCCUUACUCACAGACUUAUAAUGAAGGUUGGAAAGACCACCCUAAUCUAAGGUAUGGAAAUAGACCACAACUUCCACAAUCUGAUCAACCAAGGCAAUACGGUCAACCAAAUCCACCAUCCCAAUCUGGUCCUUCACUAGAAGAUUUAGUUAAGCAACUAACAAAUCAAAUAGGGCAAGUCCAUAACCAGGGUGUUGAGUAUCAAAAGAAAACUGACACGCGCCUUCAUCAUAUAGACACUCAAAUAGGUCAGAUUUGCACUUCUCUAAGUAAUCUUGAAACUCAACUUUCAGGUAAACUUCCAUCACAAACAAUCCCUAAUCCCAAUGGUCAUGUUAAAGCUGUCACGCUAGGAGUGGUAAAGUGUUAA